UAAAAGAAGAAUUUAUACAAAUACACGCCCAGUAUUUGUUUCUUUCUAUCUCCAAGGCGAAGAAGUUAUGGAUUUCUGCGUGCAAACCACAACUCAAUUGAUUCUCAAUGAGAUGAGGAAGAAGAAGAAUGAGAGUGCUAAAAACGUUAUAAUGUCUCCUCUGUCAAUGAACUUGAUGCUGAACAUGGUGGCCUCUGGCUCUGAAGGUAAAACCUUAGAGCAGUUCUUGAAGUUUCUUGGUUCCGACGGAAUCAAAGAAUUGAACAACAUGUCUUCUGUUAUUAUGUCUCUUCUCCUCGCCUCUGCCUCUGCCUCUACCUCUUCCCCUCCUGCCACUUCUGGAACCCAAAAACCUCUGAUGCAACCAAAGCCAGUGACCACCUUCUUCGAUUUCAAUGACCAACAUCUUUUCUCGAAGAAGACAGAACAACAACAACAACAACAACAGCCUCUUUUUUCUUUGGUAAACGCCUUAUGGGUUGAUAAACGCUUUCAGUUGAUACCAUCUUUCAAAGAAAUCACGGAAACCAUCUACAAAGCCAAAGUAGAAAAUGUUGACCUUUAUAAUGAGGCUGAUCAUGUUAAGAAAGCUGUGAACUCAUGGGUGGAAAAUGAGACGAAAGGUCUCAUCAAAGAACUUUUGCCACAGAGUGUAAAAUUGGAGCCGCCACUUUGUCUUGCAAAUGCAUUAUAUUUCAAGGGAGCUUGGGAAGAUCCCUUUGAUGCCUCCAUGACUCGAGACAAUAAGUUUCAUCUUCUUAACGGAAGAACAAUCCAAGUACCUUUCAUGAAUAGUCAUAAUGAUUACCUCUGUUAUGCAUCCAAUGAUGAUUACAAGGUUCUCAAACUCAGAUAUCAAAGAGUAGGUGAACGCACUGACAAACAAAUACAGUUCUCUAUGUACAUACUUCUUCCUCAUGAUAGGUAUGGAUUACAAGAUAUGGUGGAAAAGUUCAAUUUGGAUACAAAAUUGUUAGCACCCGAGAAUCUUAAUCAUCAUCUGAGGAGAGUGGAACUUUCUCAUGUAUCAAUCCCCAAGCUGAAAUUCUCAUAUGAUGUUGAUGCUAAGGAGUUACUUGAGAAAAAAGGAUUGACUUUCCCUUUUAGUGAGAAGGAUGCAGAUUUCUCAAACAUGGUUUUCUCUCCUGCCAUUAAUGUUUAUAUAGGUAUUAUGCUUCACAAAUCUUGUAUCGAAGUAAAUGAAGAAGGGACAGAGGCUGCUGCGGACACCUUUGCUGGUACGAUGUUCGGCUGUUCUGCAUAUUCUGAGCCUCCUCCACUUCAUAGCUUUGUUGCUGACCAUCCAUUCGUGUUUAUGGUUGUCGAAGAGUUUUCUCAACUUGUUCUUUUCACCGGAGCAGUUCUUGAUCUAGAAAACUAAAAACCUUCUUGUUUAUGAUGAUGCUUUGCCAAUCAUUAAAUAAUAGUCUCUAGAUUUCGUUUUCAGCUA